UAAUUUCCUUUUGGAAAAGGAAAGUUUCUCCGUUCAGAAAAAGAAGAAAAAUUAUUGGACAAGAAGAGCAAGAUGGAGCUGCCAGCAGUUACCAAUCAGGAAAAUGGUCUCUCUCAAAUUCUGAAGCUGGUGAUGAAACAACAAAGUCUGUUCUAUAGCAGAGAUGUCAGUGGAGUCAGUCUUUUAUAUGAUCUUCUCCAUUCCCCAUGGCUGCAAGCCCUUCUAAAGGUUUAUGAAUGUCUCCAGGAAUAUAUCAAAAAGAAACCAAUUCCUGUCCUGUCCCAGGCACAAGCAUUAUCCUGCGAGGUGAUGGAUUUGCUGCAGGAGGUUCCUCAGUCCCCUGAGGCCCAAGAACUGAGACAAGUUCUAAAAGCCAAACAUUUCCAGGCCUUACUAAAUGCCCAUGAUAUUGUGGCUCAGAAAGAUUUUGAACCAGUUCUUCCUCCUCUGCCUGAUGACAUCCCCGAGAAUGAGGAAGCUUUGAGGAUUGUCUGCUUGGUGAAAAAUAAGCAGCCUUUGGGUGCUACCAUCAAGCGCCAUGAGAUAACAGGGGAUAUCAUGGUGGCCAGAAUAAUCCAUGGUGGAUUGGCUGACAAGAGUGGGCUUCUCUAUGCUGGAGACAAAUUGGUGGAAGUGAAUGGCAUUUCAGUGGAGGGACUUGAACCAGAACAAGUGAUCCAUAUCCUGGCUAUGUCUCAUGGCACAAUCAUGUUCAAGGUGGUUCCAGUGUCUGAUCGCCCUAUUUAUAACCAGACAAUGGUUUAUGUUCGAACAAUGGCCAAGUACUGUCCCUGGCAGGAUCCCAUUAUUCCUUGUGCAGAUGCUGGUUUGCCUUUCCAAAAAGGGGAGAUCCUCCAGAUUGUGGAUCGGAAUGACUCUCUCUGGUGGCAGGCCAGGAAACUCUCUGACUUUGGUACUUGUGCUGGUCUUGUCCCUUCUAAUCACCUUCUGAAGAGGAAGCAGCGGGAAUUCUGGUGGUCUCAACCCUUCCAGCCUCAGACCUACCUCAAAUCUACCAUAUAUGAAAAGGAAUUUGCUGGAUAUGACCAUCGGUUCUUCAUAGCUGGUUUCCGAAGAAGCAUGCGCCUCUGUCGCAGAAAAUCUUACACCAGCCAGCAGUCUGCCUAUAUUCUCUGCUCCAAUAGCUGCUACAAUGCUCUGGGAGCCCCGUAUGAGGAGGUGGUAAGGUAUCAGCGGCAUCCUUCGGAUAAGCAUCGCCUGAUUGUGCUUGUAGGUCCUUCUGGUGUUGGAAUAAAUGAACUGAGAAGGCGACUGAUUGAAACUAAUCCAAAUUAUUUUCAAAGUGCAGUGCCACAUACCACUCGCUCUAAAAAGAGCUAUGAAGAAGAUGGUCGAGAGUAUCACUAUGUAUCCAAGGAAACAUUUGAAAGUCUGGUAUAUGGUCACAGAAUGUUGGAAUAUGGUGAGUACAAAGGAAACUUAUAUGGUACCAGUGUGGAUGCUGUUCGAAAAGUCCUUGAUGAAGGGAAAGUCUGUAUAAUGGACUUAGAACCACAGAACAUUCAGGCAGCUCGAACACAUGAAUUGAAGCCUUAUGUCAUAUUCAUAAAACCAUCCAGUCUGAAUCGCAUGAAGCAGUCCCGGAAAAAUGCCAGGAUUAUUACAGACUAUUAUGUCAACAUUAAAUUCAAGGAUGAAGACCUGCAGGAGAUGGAGGAUUUAGCUAAAAAAAUGGAAACUCAAUUUGGCCAGUUUUUUGAUCAAGUGAUUGUGAAUGACAGUUUGCCAGAGGCAUGUGCACAGUUGUUGUCUGCUGUGCAGCAAGCCCAGAAUGAGCCACAGUGGGUCCCUGCAACUUGGAUUUGUUCUGACAACGAAUCGUAAGGAGAAAGCCUCCCUAUCUAACCCACUCAGAACUUGAUUCAACCUCAUGUCAGAUUUUAAGUAUUUUUUCGAAGAGUAUUUGGAACAACAUUGAGAAAG